AUGCCUCUCCGCGCCCAUACCAAAUCCCGCAACGGGUGCGAUCAAUGCAGAGCCCGGCGGGUCAAAUGUGACGAGCAGGGCCCACCAUGCUCAAACUGCACAACCCGCGAGUUAAAAUGCACAUACUUCAAAGUCGCUGCCGCUCGUCGCACUAAACCACAUCUUACCCCACCCAGCUCAACACCCGCGCCCCGGUCUCUAGAUGGUCAUGGCUCGCCCGUAUCAGCGAUGCCGGGUCCAGCCGGUUCAACAAUCCCGACGCCGACCCAAACAAACUCAUUCGGUAUCGACAAUCUAGAACUAAUACACAAGUUCGCAACAGAGACAUAUGAAAGUCUCUGCAUCAGCAAGUCAGAAACAAAAAUAUGGCAAAUAACAGUCCCAAAACUCGCCUUCAAACAUAACUACCUGAUGAGCGGGAUCUUGGCGCUAGCCUCAAUGCAUAUCGCAACAACAUGCGAGCCAUCAGAAGGACCACUCAAGUACUACGAAACAGGGUUGCAGUACUACAACCGCAGCCUGACACCAUUCCGUAAUGCGAUCGAUACCAUCACCCCGCAAAACUGCGAUGCGGUAUUCGCGCAUUCGAUCGUUAUGAUCGCGAUUAGCAUCGCGUCACCCCGAUUAAUUGUCUCGAAAGACGAAUCCACCAGUAUCACAGAGAAUAUCGUGAUACUAUUCCAGCUGUUGCAGGGCGUGAAGAAAAUCAUGCAAGUCAGCAAGUCAUGGAUUAAACUUGAGUUAUUCUCGCAGGGCGAGUAUUGGAAGAAGACACCUACCGAGCUUGAUCCAGAUACGGAGGCUGCGCUGACGCAUCUGGCGGCGUUGAAUGAUCAGGUCAUGAUUGGGAUUUAUUCCAAUCAGCAUGGCAUUAAUAAGAAUGUCAUUGCACAUUUGAGGCAUUGUUAUGCUAAGUUUGCGCGCUCAGCAGAUCCGGCGCCGGUUCUUGCUUGGCUUGCGGCUGUUGACAAGGACUUCGUCGAUAGCCUCCGGUGUCGGCAGCCGUUUUCAUUGCUGAUUCUUAUGUAUUGGGGGGUGUUGUUGAGGGAGCUUGAUGAGCAGCGGUGGUGGGCGCGAGAUUCGGGUAGAGCUCUGGUAUUGGAAUUGUUUGCUGCUUUGAGAUCUGGAGAUCCAAGGUGGGAGAGGGCUCUUGCUUGGGUGCAACGGAAGAUGAAAGUUUGA